CCAUUGAGGAAAGAUGGCUACAGUCACUGCAAACGGAGUGCAGCAAGAGAAUGGAUUCAGCACCACGAACAGCGCCGGCAGGAUGAACGGGCUUACCAUCGGCCAGAACACCAUUCCAAUGAAGGACCACGACGCCAUCAAGCUUUUCAUCGGGCAGAUUCCCAGAAACCUGGAGGAAAAAGACCUGAAACCCCUGUUUGAGGAAUUCGGAAAGAUAUACGAACUCACUGUACUGAAAGACAGGUUUACGGGAAUGCAUAAAGGAUGUGCCUUUCUAACAUACUGUGCCAGAGAGUCAGCACUGAAGGCCCAGAGCGCCCUCCAUGAACAGAAGACUCUGCCAGGGAUGAACCGGCCCAUCCAGGUGAAGCCAGCCGACAGCGAAGGACGAGGAGGUACCUCCCUCCUUCCCUCCCCCUUCCUCUCUUCCUAUCCAGAAGACAGGAAGCUGUUUGUGGGAAUGCUCGGCAAGCAGCAGAGCGAGGACGACGUCCGGCGGCUGUUCGAGACCUUCGGCCAGAUCGAGGAGUGCACCGUCCUGCGAGGGCCUGAUGGGGCCAGUAAGGGCUGUGCCUUUGUCAAAUUCUCCAGCCACGCAGAAGCACAGGCCGCCAUCAACAGCUUGCAUGGUGGACAGACCAUGCCUGGCGCCUCGUCCAGCCUGGUAGUCAAAUUUGCGGACACUGAUAAAGAGAGGACCCUGCGCAGGAUGCAUCAGAUGGCGGGGCAGCUCGGCAUCUUCAGUCCCAUGACCAUCCAAUUUGGGGCCUAUGGCGCCUACUCUCAUGCUAUGAUGCAACAGCAAGCAGCCCUGAUGGCAGCAACACAAGGGUCCUACCUGAACCCCAUGGCAGCCAUCGCUGCCGCGCAAAUGCAGCAAAUGGCAGCUUUCAAUGUCAACGGCCUGGUGGCUACUCCCAUGACACCAUCCUCAGGCACCAGCACGCCCCCGGGCAUCUCUGCAACAGCCGUGCCCAGCAUAGCCACCCCAAUCGGGGUCAACGGAUUCAGUGCCCUCCCACCUCAAAGCAACGGGCAGCCCACCUCUGAGCCCAUCUACACCAAUGGUAUUCACCCCUACCCAGCACAGAGUCCAACGGUGACCGACCCUCUCCAACAGGCUUAUGCUGGCGUCCAACACUACGCAGGACCAGCCUACCCUGCCGCCUAUGCGCCAAUCAGCCAAGCGUUCCCCCAGCAACCAACCAUCAUUCCCCAGCAACAGAGGGAAGGGCCAGAAGGUUGCAACCUGUUUAUUUAUCACCUGCCCCAGGAGUUCGGAGAUGCAGAGCUCAUGCAAAUGUUCCUGCCUUUUGGCAACGUCAUCUCCGCAAAAGUCUUUGUGGACCGAGCGACCAAUCAGAGCAAAUGUUUUGGCUUUGUGAGUUUUGAUAACCCGUCCAGUGCUCAAGCCGCUAUCCAGGCCAUGAAUGGCUUUCAGAUAGGCAUGAAGAGGCUGAAAGUGCAGCUAAAGCGGCCAAAGGAUGCCAACCGACCUUACUGACUCGUCUGCUGUCCAUACCCAGGUAUAGUAACACUCAUGCCACAACACACAGUGCCAUACCAUGCCUGUUCUCAAACCAAACUGUCCACUUCACAAUUUGAUAACUACUGGAUUUGCACAGUCUUGUUGCUGCAGUAGAUGUGAAUGUCUGAGAGUUCAUUGCCUCAAAUCUUAAUUUAACCAUUAUGC